AUGGAGACCAAGAAGAGUACCCGAGAUUCUGCAAAAGCUCGGGAGCAGGGCAACGUUUUGUACCGGAAAGGCCGGUAUAGUGAAGACCCCUCUCCAUUAUCAAACCUUUCAGCUGUCAGUUUUGAAACUGGCAAAUACGCAGAAUGUGCCGACUUCGCGGAAAAGGCCUUGAGCCUUCUCAUAACCAAUCCGGGACAUGACCCUUUAAAGCAGAAAUUGCUAGCCAGACAAGCCAAAGCUUAUCUUCAUCUCUCAACUCCGAGCAGGGCCGAAGCGAUUUUAAGCCAACUGAAGCCAGGAGAGGAGGCUAAUGAUCUCCGUAAGUCGGUUAUCGAGUUAAAAAAAUUCGAGACGUUCCAUCCGCAGCAAGGAUUACUACGUGAGAGAUUAGUACAACUACCACGACUGAAGCCAAACAUUCAGGACCAGCCGGACUAUUACGGUUUCGGUGACGAUACAGCCGAAUCGCAAUAUACGGCCGAGCUCGAGAAAUCUGCCGGUAAGGAACCGGUCUUGUCUAUCAUGUUCUGUGGCGUUUCAGACGCUCGUCACGUCUUCCACACCGUUUUGCAGUACUCGUUAAAGAAGAAGAAGGGUCCUCAAAAGUUACACAUAACAAUGGUAGAUCACAAGCCAGUUGUUAUGGCUCGCGAUUUGGUAUUUGCCAGUAUGCUGCGCGAAGCGGCUGUCAAUCAAGAGUCAAAAGACGCGAUGUUGCUAAGUCUGAGUUACGUGUACUGCGCUCAAGUCAUCCCACCAUUCGCGUGGGCUAACCUGCAAGAUACCAUAAGCAGACUACUGAAUAGACUUGAAAAGAAGCAACAACCUGUCGAGUUUGUUUAUCUUCGGACCCAACAGAUGGGCAGCGUCGCGGUCAUCUUGAAGAGUUGGAGGACGUGGCUUGCGGCGAAGUAUAAUACCUCUAAAAUACGUCGCAUUGUGGCUGAAUGUCCUUCUAGGGUAAUACCGGAGGAGAUGUUUAUGUUCUCUGAGUUCAAAGAAGACCGACAGACUUUCGAUGAGUUCUCUGUCUUGUUCCCCCCCAAGACUAUGCUGCCAAUACUCGAGCCGGAAUCGUCCACUCUCUACGCAGAUUACCGAGCGGGAAAGCAGGGAGCUCAGAAGCGCGUUUCUGAUUAUCUAGAUCAACAUUGGAAAGUGAAUGUCACACUUCUCGAUCCGAUAAUGCAUAUAAGACAGCCAGAAGAUGCUAUAUUUGUAAUGGAGAGGCACCCAUUCAGCAUGAUUGCAUCGACGGUUACGCAUUUGUCUCGACUGCGGGCACAUGAUAAAUCGAUAUAUUCCCUGAAGCAUAUGAUGGAUUUCUUCGAAAAGGUCAGCCAAGGUUUACUUCAGCUACAGGGUAGGCUGAUAAUGGAGGUGAUUGUGGGGGACAUGGCUGAAGUAUUGGAGAGAAUUCGUUACGGUAUCUUGGAUCGUCCCGAACAAGAGAAAGAUGCAAUAACUAUCGACUGGCCUUUGACAUACCAUUUGAUUCAUAUGAACAACAUUCCAGACUAUGUGGGAGGACCUCUGACGAGCUUUCUCUAUGGACCCCCUAUACUGAAGAAAGGGGUUGGCACAGGCUUAACCUCAUGUUGCCUGCGACAUACGCACUGGUGGGAUGGUAUCAAUCAUUUCAACUCGGAGCAUUUAUUAAUGCAUGACCGAAAAUUGAUUGAGGGGCAUUUCCACGUCAAGCUUUCCAAAGAGCCUUUAAGAUCGGAAGCACCCGUGCUACAAUCCUAUCAUCGUUGGGAGAGAUGCGAGAGCAUGCGUCUCUCUUUGGAGCAACUGAUGUCGCGAGUAAGCUUCUCGAAAUGGUUAUUUGCUCACUAUCUCAAGAUAUGCAUUCCAUUCCCCCGCGAUCCAGAUGUACUUGGUUUCAUUUGCCCUCUCAACAUGACGGCAUUUGUAAGACUCCUUAUUCAGAUGAGCGAGCUAGGCUAUCCCGGUCAUUGGCUAUCAAAUAUUAUCACAUCUCUUAGUUCUGGUACAAUCACCACUACAGCGCGGGCACCUCGAGACAAGAUCCUUAAUACUACUGAUGUGGAUAAGGUAUAUCCAUCUCGCACUAUUUGUGUGAAGCCUUGGUCAGCAGAAUUCACUACGCUUGUAGCUCAAUGGCGAGGACUCCUCCCUUUUACCAUCGUGGUACCAAGCGGAACCCUACCCCCACCAGAGACCAUCCUCGAAUAUUCGGUCAAGAUCCCACAUACCCCGGAAGCCGCGUCCGAGCGUCCUGAAUUCAUAUUGAUCUUCUGUCGAGAAUACGACCUGUUAGAAGAAGAAGAUCUACACAAGCUACUUCUUAACGACGAAAGAGGGGAUACGACGGCUAUAGCUCAGAAGAUUAGGGCAGAUUGGGUCAACAUUGUGAGCACAAUCAAUUAUGUCACAGCUACUAGCACGGCUACCUUCUGGCUGAGAAGCGACGUAGUGAGCUUGAUGUGGAAAGAAGACUGGGACGUUUUCAUCGGGAGGACUGAUUCAUGGGAACAUCACACACCGGGCUAUCCUGUGAGGGAAGUUCUCCAGAGAAAGAGGAAUUGGAGGGACUGCGUGGUUGCGUGA